UCAAUCAACGACCACACAAUCAAUGUACAGCCGAUUCGAACUCACCAUUCCGGCAGCGUGUCAGCAACAACAAUGGGACACACGACAGUUACACCUAAUACACCCGCCACUACGAUCCAAUCGUCGAUCUCAGCCACUGCAAACCUGGUUGCCGCGACCGGCUUAGCCAAGGACUGUGCCGGGUGCGGGAAGCGUAUAACCGAGCGCUUUCUAUUGAAAGCACUAGAUAUCUUCUGGCACGAAGAUUGCCUCAAGUGUGGUUGCUGUGAUUGCCGCCUGGGAGAGGUCGGCUCAACAUUGUAUACUAAAGCGAAUCUUAUCCUAUGUAAGCGAGACUACCUUAGACUAUUCGGCACGACUGGAUAUUGUGCCGCUUGCAACAAGGUGAUACCGGCAUUCGAAAUGGUAAUGCGUGCCAAAAACAAUGUCUAUCAUCUAGAAUGCUUCGCAUGCCAACAGUGCAAUCAUAGAUUCUGUGUUGGCGAUCGUUUCUAUUUAUGUGAUAAUAAAAUUCUAUGCGAAUAUGACUACGAAGAGCGAUUGGUGUUUGCUAGUAUGGCCUGUAAUCCGUCUAGCUUGGCGCAUAUUCGGAGGCAAGUUAGUAAUUUACAGCCCACUGGAGAAAACCAUCUCGCGAGUGCCGGACGUUUGCCACCAACCAAUAUUAAUCGAUCUCCAUACGUAACAGAAAAGGCCGGAUUGGUCCAACAACAACAGCAGCACCAACAAUCACCAUCUCAACAACAACCCUCUGCAACAGUUGCGGUAGCGACUACAUCAUCGGCAACGUCGAUAGCACCAACAACGUGCGAAUCACAUCCAUCCUGCUUACCAGCUACUUCGUCCUCAAUGCAUCAAAUCCAGCCCGGAAGUACCAAUCUUCAGCAGCAACAUUCCACACAACAGCCGCAACACCCACAGCAACAGCAGCAGCAACAACAACAACAACAGCAUCAUCAUCAUCAUCCAAGUAACCCGGGUCCACAUCGAGACGAUGGUUCCAGUGGCUAUGGAAGUCCCGAUUCAGAAACGUUCGAAAUGUCCAACAAUCAAUGACGUUUGAUUUCGGGCAUUACCAAAAUGUGCUGAUGAUGCACAAUAUAAUGUUUUGUUUCGACAGUAAUGCGGUAACGGAAAAGUUAAGUUUGGUGCAUUUUUACGUUGCAAACUAAUUAAUUAUUGAAGGGCGACUCUAUGCACUCUAUGUACUGAAAAUUCUAGUCAAAUUAGAUGAGCCAACAGUUUUCAUAGCAGGGAAUACAGCAACUAAAUAAGAGUUUCUCUUGGUUGAACAUAGGCUCAAUUUCGUUCCUAUGCUUUUUAUUAUAGAGAAAAGGAAUGCAAUCUUCUUUCCUUGCUCCAAUUUAUUAUCUAUAUAAUAUGAUAGCGAACGCCUUAUCACAAUACACUGGCGAAUGACAGCGUAACGGCGAAAUAAUAGGAAAGUACGGUACCGCAGAUAAUACAAAUCCGGUGGCAUAUAAUAAAUAUCAAAGGUUUAUCAACGGACUUCACAUGUCCAUACGCAAGGAAAUAAUUAUUCGAAAAGACUUUCGCCCUCACUAUCACCAAUAACUAUUAUAAUCUCGGUCUUCCAAAGACUGUCCUGCAUUAUAAAGUACGUGCUGAUUAUUUUUUAA